AUGUCGUUUCUUACUUUGUUUUGCUAUUGUGUUUUGCUUUCAUUUACUGCAACAAGUAGCGCAGGUUCUCUCAGUGACGCAUAUAAUGUAUUUGCCAACGUGUCUGCUGGGUAUAACAAAGAACUCCGACCGAUUCUCGAUCAAUUCAAGAAUGUUUCUGUAAGCAUCGAAAUGUUCCUCAUCUCCAUCAAGAAUUUUGAUGAGGUUUCCGGAACUUUAAAUGUUGUUGCCGUCUUCACUAUUACUUGGCGCGACGAAUCGUUGUUGUGGGAUCCAUCUCUCUUCGGUUGGUUGUAUAAUAUCAACAUUGGACAAAAUAAUAUAUGGCUCCCUAAACUUUAUAACAUCAAAGUGUCGAACUCAUUUAGUGCUCUUAGCGACAAUGACUUAAAGGUGAGAAUUCAGCAUGACGGUUCGAUCGUAUGGCAACCGGGUGGUUUGAUCGACGUCAAAUGUAGCCCGGAUGUAAUGUAUUUUCCAUUUGAUACUCAAAGCUGUUCGAUACAACUUGCUCCAUGGGGCUACGUGAGGAGCGAAGUAGAUCUUAAGCCAGCGAAAAGUGAACUGACAUUAGAUUUCUAUGAAACAAAUGGCGAGUGGUCUUUGGAGAAAACAACAACUGGGACGUACGUUCUCAGCGAUAUAAGUCUAGCGACUUUCAAUAUAACGAUUGCACGACUUCCAGCCUUCCAUAUCGUCAACACUCUCAUGCCGAUCUUUCUUUUGAUGUUCAUGAACCCACUGGUGUUUGUGUUGCCCUGCGACUCCGGAGAACGCGUGGGAUUUAGUUUGACCGUGUUUCUCACCUUUACAGUAUUUAUCACCAUCGUCAACAGCGUUCUUCCUGCAAACUCGGAAAGUAUGUCCAGAUUAUCAUAUUUUAUCUUCGUCGUGCUCGUCGUCAGUGGAAUUAUCGCCUCUAUCAACAUCUUCCAGCUGAAAAUGUACUUCAAAGAUGAAAGUGAAAAAUUACCACGUUGGUUUGCCAGGCUCCUUCGUAUUUUGGACUGCCGGUUAAAAUCAAGUAAUGACGAAGUGAAAUCCUUUUGUCCCGAAAAUCCAGAUUCGAAAUCGGUUCCAGAUCCAAAUAAAAAGAGACGGAAACCUGUUGUAAUCAGAGAACCAUCAGUAGUCGAAGCAGUUCCGGAAAUGACGUGGAAAGAUGCAGUUCGAAUUAUGGAUAAGUUUUUCACGUGGUUUUUCUACAUUGCCAUAUCAGUAUCAAGCAUUGCUAUACUAGUCAGUAUGUCUCAAGGUAACAAGUGA